AUGGCUCGUGAGAAGCUUGUUUGGUUAGGGGUACCUUUAGCAUUGAGAGCGGAAGUGGAAGAGCUGAAGAAGGAGCUGAGUGCCAAAAAUGACACCCUGUCCAAUUUGGAGAAGGAGAAAAACGAUGCAGAAUGGAGCCUUGGUGAGCACAAACAGUGGCUGUCUGAUGCUAACGAAAGGUGCUUUGGAGAAGGCGAAGAACGACGCGGAAUGGGACCUCAGCGAGCACAAACAGAACUGGAUGGAAAGAAUGAUCUUCUUGGCGACUUGGAGAAGGCAAAGAAUGAUGCGGAAUGGAAUCUUGGCGAGCACAAGCAGUGGCUUGCUGACGCUAACGCGAGGUAUUUAUGCAAAAGAACUCCUAAACUGAAUAUCCCUCGCUAUUUGAAUGGGUACCAGAAAACUCAUUACAGUGCACUGAAAGCGCAACUAGAAGAGGUGCAGAGAGAGCUGGAUGGAAAGAAUGACAUUCUGGGCAAUAUGGAGAAGGUAAAGAACGACGCGGAAUGGAACCUCGGCGAAUACAAGCAAUGGCUCGCCGAUGCUAACGAAAAGUACGCGCACAUUUCUGUUUUAUAG